AUGCUUCGUGCCAAUGUAGGAGCUGUGGUGAGAGUGACUUGCAUGGGCCAUGAUGAAAAUGGCUAUGACCUGGCUCCCUACACCACCUUGUGCGAACCAACCGACGAAAACGGCUACUUCUUCAUGGCAAUAUUGGCUCCCUCAGGGAUGGACCAUCUUUCAGAGUGCAAGGCGUACCUUGAAUCCUCAUCAUCGGAGACCUGUAACGUUCCCACCGAUGUCAACAACGGAAUGAGCGGCGCGCUUCUAGGUUCUUACGGUCUUCUUGAUCACAAGAAGACGAAGCUAUGCACCGUGGGCCCAUUCGUUUAUACGACAGGACCCCAAGCUGUCGGCAAAGGUUAUUGGAGAGUGAUUAAGGAAAUGUUGGUGUUUUGA